GAGUGUCCGCGUGUUGGCAUUUUUAGUGGACGAUGAUUCGGAUGGAAAGUCCAUAAGAAUCCGAACAUUAUCUCCAACUCGAUCGCAGAGACUCAGCACCAAGUCUUUUAAGUACUCGUGUCUCCGGGCACGAUCUCACCUUGAUCAGCAGCAUGGUGAGUGGCGGCGAGGUGAAACUCUUCGGAAUGUGGGCAAGUCCUGCAGUUCGUCGAGUCGAGUGGGCCUUGAAGCUGAAGGGGAUCAAGUAUGAGUACGUCGAAGAAGACAUCUCGAACAAGAGCGGAGCUCUCGUCCAGUACAAUCCAAUCAAUAAGCAAGUCCCCGUGCUUCUCCACAACGGGAAGCCGAUCGUCGAAUCCCUCGUCAUCCUUGAAUAUAUUGAUGAGGUCUGGAAGCAUCACCCCAUCUUGCCGAAGGAUCCUUAUGAACGAGCCAUGGCUCGUUUCUGGGCCGCAUACAGUGAAGACAAGGUAGCACUAAUGUGUCGGGACGCAGUGAGAAGAGUCUUCUUUGCAGAAGGAGGGGAGCGUGCGAAAGCUAUCGAAUGUUUGGAGGAGACUCUGAGAGCACUCGAUGGGGAGCUCGAGGGAAAGGAGUUCUUUGGCGGAGAGAAUAUUGGAUUCUCGGACUUGGUUUUGGGCUGGAUGGCUUUCUGGUUAGGGGUGUCGGAAGAGGUUGCUUCCUUUGAGGUGUUGGAUCCUAAGAAGUUUCCAUGGUUUACUUCAUGGAUUGAUAACUUCCUCCAAGUUCCUGCGAUCAAAGAGAACCUUCCACCUCGUGACAAGACGGUGGCGUUUUUUCAUGGCUAUCGCCGGCUUCACUUGGCUGCACCAAACUGUUAGGCUGCCCUCCCCACUCAGCCAUGCACGAGUUAGGAUUAUUCUGUAACGAGUGGCAAGCUGUAAAAGCCGCACGAAUUGCAGCGGCUCAUGUUCAAAGCUUGAGCUGGAUAUCGCAUCCAGAAUGAGAUAUGAACUCAAUUUGAAUAGUAUAUGGUUUGCCUCAAUUUGAGCGGCCAUAUCUUGUCAUGUAUUCAUCCAUUGGACCGCCAUUCAAUUCAUGUUAGAUAGCAUAUACGAAGGCAAGAUACAGAAUGAAGGCAAAAUUCCAAGUAAUUAUUCCAUGUAUCCUCCCACAUGAGACAUAUAGAUUGACCAUAAGAUACAAAUUUUAAGUGCCACAU